UGAGGCUCGUCAGGGCUAAGAGACGCCUCGGCCUGGCCCAGGCCCGUAACCUUGGCUACUUGUACACCCGAGGUGAGGUCAUCAUCUUCAUGGACUCACAUGUCGAGUGUCUGCCAGGUCAGUGGACCGUAAUCGUGGUUUCUUUUCCAAUAAAAGUCUACACAUCUUUACGAUUGUCAUUAAACCUUCAGUAAACAUUUGUGUGAUGUUAGUAGGUGGGGGGAGAGGAACGAGUUCGCUGUCUAUGUUCACGACUUUAUAUAUUUACAAGAAAAUGAGAUGUCCAUAUUAAUACCCCCGCCCCCUUAACCACAGGCUGGUACGAGCCGUUGGUGUCUCCCAUCCGCGACAACCCGAGGACCGUCACCUUCCCCACCCUCGGCGUGAUAGACCC